AGAAGAAAGUAAAGUGUUUAUUUUUUCAUUGGUGGUUCCCCUCUCCGAUGCGGUGGGGACAACUCCCAUUCCUUUAAUUUCCUGAUUUUUCCUUAUCUCUGAUUUUUCUGCAACAAUGGAUCUCUAGCAUUCAUCCCUCUUUCUCUCCUCUCUAUGCCUCUGUCCUUACCCUUAUUAUAUCCUUUUACUCCAUGCAUUCUCAGGGUGAUAUGUAGAAAGUUGUAGAGAUGGAAGGCAAUAAAGAAAGUAAAAUGAUAUCGGCUGCGGCCUUUGUAGAAGGGGGGAUUCAAGACUCCUGUGAUGAUGCUUGCAGUAUAUGUCUUGAGGAGUUUUCUGCAAGUGAUCCUUCAACGUUCACUAAUUGCAAGCAUGAGUUUCACCUACACUGCAUUCUCGAAUGGUGUCAGAGAAGCUCCCAGUGUCCUAUGUGUUGGCAGUCUAUUAGCUUGAAGGAUCUUACUAGUCAGGAAUUGUUUGAGGCAGUAGAGCAGGAGAGGAAGUUGAGGGUUGCCACAUCAAGAAAUGCUACUAUUUUUCAUCACCCUGCAUUUAAUGAUUUUGAAUUGCAGCACUUACGCAUGAAUGUAAAUGAUAUUGAGCUUGAAGAGCAAAUUAUUCAACAUUUAGCUGUUGCUGCAGCAAUGAGGAGAGCAGACCAACUUGGCCGUAGAGCAGGACGACAAGCUAAUUCAUCACCUCGUGGUCAUCCACACUCAUUAGUGUUAUCUAAUAUGGCACCUGCUGAAGAGGAAAAUGACCAAACGAUAAUUCCUAAUACAAGUGCAUCUACUCCAAUAAAAUCUGAGAGAAUUGGAGCAUUGCAACAGAUGCUGCGAGUUCGAACUCAAAGCUCUUCUUCAGCUUCUGGAUCUAGAAUUUACUCCAAUGAUAGAGGCUCUACUACUCCCUCGUCAUCAGUAAACGGCGAUAAAGCAGAGUUCCAGUCACAUUCUGAUUCGCUGCGGUCCAGAUUCAAUGCAGUGUCUGCGAGAUACAAAGAAUCAAUCUCAAAGGGUGCAAGGGGAUGGAAGGAAAGGUUGUUCUGUCGUAGUUGUUCCAUGUCAGAACUUGGUUCAGAAACAUGGAGGAGAGAGAUGAAUUCUGAUAUUUCUAGUGUAUCCCGACUAAAGGAAUCCCUUGAAUCUAGUGAGAAUAGAAAAGCUGCGGGUACUUCUUUGUCUAUUCAUAUGGAGGAUUGUUCCAUUGGAGAAGUGAGCAAUCACAAUGAUGUUGAAGUUAGCGGGGAGACCUCUUCACAUGAUGACAAUACUCCACCUGCUUGUUCUGCUGCCUCACAUUUAAAUUGAGCUCUUCCUUGUUUCUGUCAAUGUAUCUUUCCUCAGCAUCUCAUAUUUGAAGGGUGACUUGUAAUUCCAUGUCUUCUGUCAAUGCCAAUGGUAAGAGGUUGAACUACCGAGGAAGGGCAAUUGAUCUCUAACAAUGACAUGGAAGAAAUGGUGAAUGGAGCACCUCGUUGGCAGUUGUAAUUGCUAAGCUUUUGCGCCAAUUGUGUCUUGUUUUGUAAUUUGAUGAGGGCCAUAGUACCUUGGUCCCAACUUCUAGUACCUUUUUCUUGAAACUUUCUGCCGUCAGUGGUCCUGUGGUUUCCAAUUCAGUUGAAUUGGCGCCAUAAUUCAUAAGUCACAAAUUUGAGGCAUUUUCCCCUCCUAUAUAAUCAGAGAAUCAAAAGAAGGAACUAUGAUAAUUUUUUGUUGUGUUAGUCCAUAUGGAACUAUGAUAGCAUCAAUUCUUAUUAUCACAAACUUCAUAGUGGGUGUAAAUUGUAUGUAUGAAACUGUUCAUUUUACUAACCCCUUGGUGCGCAUUAUAUUUGGUCUCACAGUUUUUUAACCCCAAAGGUAACUCUCUUCAACACGACAAACUGAGGAGCAUACGCCAUGGAAAUAGUCGCAGCACUUAUGUUGGGGUUUGUUAUAAAAAUUACCAUCAGAUAAACAGCUGUGCUUACAGCUAAAAGUCAUCUUUUUAUACGUAUAUAUUUUGUGGCAAACACAGUGAAGGGUUGAACGUGUCUUAAAUGUCUGGUGGGUGGGAUUUUAGAUGGACAUGUACUAUGAACAUUAAUGUGCCUAUGGAAGAACAAUGUUCAAAAGUUAAAGGGAAUUUGUCCUUAUUCUUUUACCUUUUGUUUAUUGACAAAUCGAGAAUAUAUGGAUGGAGGUGGCAACUAGAUUA